AGACUCGCUCACACACUUCAUCUCGCCGUCAGACUCGUUUCAUCUUCAUCACAGGAUGGCUGAAACAUACGUGAGACAUGUGGAACUGCUUGGAUUUGAGAAAAGAUUCUUUCCCAGCCAGCACUAUGUGUACAUGCUCCUGGUUAAAUGGAGCGAUCAGUCUGAAAAGCUGGUGUACAGACGCUAUCCAGAAGUACACACAUUACAUAAAACUCUGAAGGAAAUGUUUCCUAUUGAGGCAGGAGAUAUUGACGAAAAGGACCGAAUCAUUCCCACAUUACCAGCUCCUAAAUGGCUGGACAAUCAGAAAACCACAGAGACGAGGCAGGCGACUCUUGCUGAAUAUUGCCGAUCUCUUCUCAACCUGCCCGCCAACAUCUCCCGCUGUCAGCUCAUUCGGGACUUCUUCAAAAUGAGGCCUGAAGAUGAAACUCCACCAGCACCACAUCCAUACAAAAGAAAUGAGACCUUCAUUAUGUCCACAAACAGAGUACGGAGCAACACCACAUCAGAAAUCACAGGGCCCAUCAUUCUCGAGACCUACAGAGUGAUCGCAGACUACAGCAAGAGCUCCAAGUAUGAGCUCACGCUGAAGAUGGGAGACAUGGUGGACAUCGUGGAGAAAAGCCCAAAUGGCUGGUGGUUUUGUCAGUGUGAGUCCAGGAGAGGAUGGGUUCCAGCUUCAUACUUAGAGCCGCUUGAUGGAGCAGAUGAAUCUGAGGAACCGGAGCCUAAUUAUGCAGGAGAGCUCUACAAAACCACCAGAGGCUAUAAAGCUGUGGAACAGGAUGAGAUGACUCUCGAAGCAGGAGUCAUUAUUGAAGUCAUCCAUAAACUUCUUGAUGGGUGGUGGGUGGUCAGGAAAGGCGAGGAAACCGGCUUCUAUCCGUCCAUGUUCCUGUGCAGGACGGGGGAGAAGAAAGAGGUGGAUGCUGAGAGGGACGUGGUCAGAAGAGCAACACCACCACCAAGAAGGUCGACCAUCCGCAAUGCCCAGAGUAUCCAUUCUACGGUACGCCGGCGAAUCAGUCAGGACAGCUACCGGAAACAGAGCCGUCGCUUCUUACAGCAGAGAGGAAGACUGAACUCUCAUUCCAGGAUCGGGACACGAUCUCCACUGCAGGAGAGGAGGACAAACAGAGAGAACAUCGAGAAAUCCAGCGCUCCUCAAGCAGAAGAUGAGGAUAAAAGUGUUCCGGUGGUUCCUCCUCGGCCCAGUCCUCAGCUCAUUCUGGAGCGCUGCACUGAAAACACAAGCAAGAGGAUGAGCAUGCAAGAGGCUGACUGAAGCAUCCCACUAAGAUUUUUUAUGUUUAAUAGACGUCUAAUAGACAUCUAAACGUGUGUCAUACAUCAGCAUCACUGUCAUGGCUGCCUCCACAUGAAAACAUGCCAGAACCGCUCAAACCAUAGACGACUUGGCUUGACAAGGCUAAAUUUUGUCUGUCAGUGACCAAUAAAAACAAGGCUAAAUUAAUAGACAUCUAAUAGAAAUCUAAGAAUAGUCCCACAACUAGACUAUUCAUCAAAUACAGGGCUUGUUUGGGGGGAUGUCGAUUAGAUUUUCCUUUCCAGACCAUAUUUUGCCUUGUUUUAACCAAGCCGUCUAUAUUUAGAGGUCUAUUAGACGUAAAACAAAAAAUGCUUGCUGGGAUCCCACAGUGCCUGCUCAACAUUAAGCUCCAAUCUGCAAUAGAAAUGGUCACAGGCAUUUAGAUGCUUACAUUGACUCCUGUUUAGCCCAGAACCUGUUAUAAGCUAUGUGUAUUGGACUUCUUGUAUGUAUGACUUUCUUCACAAUAAAUAUUCUGUAGGAGAACCAUUAUUUGGGUUCCCAAAAAAGUAUCAGUAAAUAGUUUCUAAAAUAAACAUUUGUAUAGUAAUCGUCUGAUAAUGAGAAAAAACUUUUUUUUUCAACAUAUAAAGACCCUUUUGGGCAAUAGAAAGGUUCUGUGAAGGCUAAAAGUUCUUAUUGGGACCAUCAGUGAUAAUAAGGAAUCUUUAUUUCAUUUUUAGAAGUGAAUAUUUAUGACCAGCAAUAGGCUACUUAAGUAUGCAUUUUUAAGAUGUACUAAGUGUAAUUUUAAAUGUAUUUUUACAGUUAUGAAUAAAUAAACAACAUGUGAAAUGCCA